UUCCGUGCUUUUUUAUAAUUUUUAGUUGAAAAUGGCGAUGUUGAACAACAAUAUUUGUUGAUAGUGAUAUAAACACACAACUAUCGCAUCUCGGUCGUCAGUCCAUUUAUUUUAAUGGCCCGCACAAAAAAGUAGUGAUGAUCAUCUCCACUACAAAGUUUAAUUCAGCUCUGUUGUUGAUAAGAUAGUGACAAAAGAAAAACUGCCGUAAUGGCAGACACUCAAAGCCAAACAGUCGAAUACCAGUGGGCCUACUCCAUAAUGGACUCGAGCCGGGUGUCCACGUUCCUAAUAUCAAUGUUGCUCAUCGUGUACGGAUCGUUUCGCAGCCUUAACAUGGAGCAAGAAGCCAGGGAACGCGCCAACGGUACAACGAAUUCCCUGCUGAAUCCCCCCCAGAGCGUUCCCGCAGAGAACGGCGUCCAGACGUUGGACACCAUGCAGGCGCUAUGUUUGCCUUUGGGGGCUAGUGUGUCAUUGUUGGUCAUGUUUUUCUUUUUCGAUUCUAUGCAGAUGUUGUUCGCAAUAUGCACAGCUGUGAUCGCAACAGUUGCACUUGCCUUUCUCCUAUUGCCAAUGUGUCAAUACAUAAUGGGACCGUGUUCCGAUGGCAAGAAGAUCUCCUUUGGGAUGUGUGGACGGUUCACUGCCGCUGAAUUGUUUUCCCUUUCUUUGUCAGUUUUUAUUGUUUGCAUAUGGGUCUUGACAGGUCACUGGUUGCUCAUGGACGCUAUGGGUAUGGGACUGUGUGUAGCUUUUAUCGCCUUUGUGAGAUUACCCAGUUUGAAAGUAUCGACGUUGCUUCUCACUGGACUGUUGAUAUAUGAUGUGUUUUGGGUGUUUUUCUCGUCGUACAUAUUUAGCACUAAUGUUAUGGUUAAGGUGGCCACGCGCCCCGCCGAAAACCCCGUAGGUGUGGUAGCUAGAAAAUUGCACAUAGGUGGUGUGGCCAAAGAAGCACCGAAACUGAGCCUGCCAGGAAAAUUAGUAUUUCCCAGCAUCCACAAUUCUGGACAUUUCAGUAUGUUAGGUCUAGGAGAUAUCGUAAUGCCCGGCCUGUUGCUGUGUUUCGUGUUGCGUUAUGACGCUUAUAGGAAAUCUCAAGGUUUAACCGGCUCCAGACUGACUUAUUUUCAUUGUUCUCUCUUAGGUUAUUUCCUAGGCUUACUGACAGCUACUGUCACCUCUGAACUGUUCAAAGCCGCCCAACCUGCUCUUUUAUAUUUAGUUCCGUUUACGUUAUUACCUUUACUAACAAUGGCGUACCUCAAGGGCGACUUGCGGCGGAUGUGGUCCGAACCAUUCAAAUCAUUAGCUGUUUCUAAGCAUUUACAAGAUGUGUGAUAGAGAUUUUCGACUGUUAUAUUACUGUUACUUCAAUUUUUAAGUAUAUUGAAUUAAAUUUAAGAUAUAAAGUGUGUUAAAAAUGUUUUAGCGAGCUAAGAACAAAAUCGUGAACAAUGUGAAAUUUUAUUUAUUACUAUUAUUAUAAUUACUAUUGUGUAUUAUUAAAUAUAGCAUCUAUUGUCAAUUGAAAAAUACAUAAUUAGAUAAUUCACUAGGUUUCAAAAUAACAUACGUACGUUAUAAAGACAUUUUGUUACUUUUUUUUAUACAUUAAAUAUAGUUUUUUGCUUAUAACCAU